AUGUCCCUCCGAACCCUCAGAAUCGGCCUCAUCCCCGGUGACGGCAUCGGCAAGGAAGUCAUCCCCGCCGGCCGCCGCAUCCUCGAGGCCCUCCCCGCCUCUCUCGGCCUCAAGUUUGACUUUGUCGACCUCAAGGCCGGCUUCGAGACCUUUGAGCAGACCGGCGCUGCCCUCCCCGACAAGACCGUCGAGGUCCUCAAGAAUGAGUGCGACGGCGCCCUGUUCGGCGCCGUGAGCUCGCCCACCCAGGCCGUCAAGGGCUACUCGAGCCCCAUCGUCGCCCUGCGCAAGAAGCUCGACCUCUACGCCAACGUCCGCCCCGUCAAGACCGUCCUGACCGCCGCCAAGCCCAUCGACAUGGUCAUUGUCCGCGAGAACACUGAGGAUCUGUACGUCAAGCAGGAGACCACCCACGAGACCCCCGAGGGAAAGGUCGCCGAGGCCAUCAAGCGUAUCUCGGAGAAGGCUUCGUUCCGCAUCGCUGCCAUGGCUGGUGACAUUGCCCUCCGUCGCCAGAAGAUCCGCGAUGCCGGUGCUGCCAGCAUCCACAAGUCUCCCCUUGUCACCAUCACCCACAAGUCCAACGUUCUGUCCCAGACCGAUGGUCUCUUCCGAGCCACCUCCAAGAAGGCCCUCGCGGACCCCAAGUACUCCUCCAUCACCGUUGAGGAGCAGAUUGUCGACUCCAUGGUCUACAAGCUCUUCCGCCAGCCCGAGGACUACGACGUCAUCGUCGCCCCCAACCUGUACGGUGACAUUCUCUCCGACGGCGCUGCCGCCCUCGUCGGCAGUCUGGGUCUCGUCCCCAGCGCCAACGUCGGUGAGGGCUUCGCCAUUGGUGAGCCUUGCCACGGCAGCGCCCCUGACAUCCAGGGCCAGGGUAUUGCCAACCCCAUUGCCACUCUCCGAUCCACCGCUCUGAUGCUCGAGUUCCUCAACGAGGAGGAGGCUGCUGCCAAGAUCUACGCUGCCGUUGAUGGCAACCUUGAGGAUGGUAAGCUCCUGAGCCCUGACCUGGGUGGCAAGGCUACCACCGAGGAGGUCGUCGCCGACAUUCUCCGACGUCUGUAA